AUGGAUGAGCCAAGAAAUAGAGAAGAAUCAAUAUGGAAACGUAUCCUUACUCGUCCAUUUAUUAUCAUCCUAGCAUUUUUUAGCAUUAUUUUAAUUGGAUUAAGUUGUAUAUUAGUUUAUUUACUUACAAAGAAAACAACAACAAUAUGUCUAACAGCUGAAUGCAUUAAAACUGCAUCGGUAAUUUUGACAUCAAUGAAUGCAAAUAUGGAUCCAUGUGAAGAUUUUUAUGAACAUGCAUGUGGAAAUUGGAUCAAAGAGCAUCCGAUACCCGACGAUGCACCAUCGGUAUCAAAUUUUGAAAAUUUAGGACAAGAUCUUGAAUUAGCUCUAAAAGGUCUACUGGAACAAAAGAAUGCAGAAGGCCUGGAUGGUGAAGCUGUACGAAAAGCUCGAGCGUUUUAUCAGCUAUGCCUCAAUGAAACAACCAUAAUGAAUACUUGGAGGGAAGCAUUUAAUGAUGCAGUAAAAAAUUUUGGUGGAUGGCCAAGUUUGGAGGAAUCAGAUGAUAAGCCAAGGAUUCCAAUCGAGCAAAUGUAUGGUGUUAUGGUGGCAAAAUUCAGAAGCGACUCACUUUUUAAAGCAACUGUUCAACCUGAUGAUAAAAACUCAAGGCAAAAUAUUUUGUUGGUUGAUCAACCAGCAUUGAAUUUAUUCGCUCGAGACUUUUAUAUUUUAUCGGAAACACAAGAUGAACGACUGGCAUAUAGAACAUUGAUCAGAGAUGUUUUGCUAUUGUUGGAAGCUCGAGUUGAAGCAUAUAAUCGUGAUUUUGAUGAAAUUUUACGAUUUGAAACCGAUCUUGCAAAUAUUACAUUAUCCGAAGAUCUAAGACAUGAUGUUGCUGAAUUAUACAACAAAAUUACAAUUGGACAGAUGGAAAAGCAAUUUCCAAAUUUCAAUUGGUUGCUAUUCUUCAAUACAGUUUUUCAAAAUAUCGGAUCAUCAAAUGAUGAAAUAAUAGUAAUGAAUGGUACAACGGAGAUUGUCAUUUAUGGUUUGCAAUUUAUUAAAGAGCUUGACAAAUUGCUACCGAAAUAUGAUAAAAGGAUAAUUAUCAAUUAUUUGGCAUGGUGUUGGUUUUUCAAAACAAUGCUACGCGAUUUACCUGAUCCUUUUGCACUAACAAUGUUUAAAUUUUACAAAAGUCUUAAUUUGAUGCAGGUACCAAAAAUGCGUUGGCAUAGCUGUGUAACACGUAUCAAUAACUUGAUGCCAAUGGCCAUAUCAAGUGUUUAUAUUAGGAAGCAUUUUGAUAAUGAGGCCAAAAAGCAGGUAGAAGAAAUGAUUGAUUUAAUAAUGGCAGCAUUUGUGGAUAUGUUACAAACAGAAGAUUGGCUUACUGAGCGUACAAAAGAAUUUGCUAAAGAAAAAAUUGAUACGAUGAGUAAAAAAAUUGGCUAUCCGAAUUAUUUGGAUGAUUCAAAAUUGGUAGAUAAUGAUUAUAAAGAUUACAUUGUUUACGAGGGCAAUUAUUAUAAGACGAAAUUUCAAUUCUAUCAUAUGUAUCAAAAGAAUAUAUUGGAGCGUAUUACCAAGAAAGUUGAUCGUGAAAGAUGGGUGGCUGGAGCGGCACUUGUUAAUGCCUUUUAUAGCCCAAAUACGAAUGAAAUAAUAUUUCCGGCUGGUAUCUUACAACCGGUUUUCUAUCAUAAGCAUUUUCCGCAUUCCAUGAAUUUUGGCGGUAUUGGUGUUGUGAUUGGUCAUGAAAUUACGCAUGGAUUUGAUGAUCGAGGACGAUUGUACGAUAAGUUUGGCAAUAUUCGACAAUGGUGGGACAAUGCGACAAUUGAAAAAUUUGAAACAAAAACAAAAUGCAUCGAAGAUCAAUAUUCGACAUUCGUACUUGAACAAAUUGGCAUGAAAGUUAACGGUCGAAGUACAAAAGGUGAAAAUAUAGCUGAUAAUGGUGGCUUAAAGCAGGCCUAUAAAGCUUAUAAAGAAUAUGUGCGGAAAUACCCGCAACAUUCACUCUUACCUGGUGUCAAUUUGACGCAUGAUCAAUUAUUCUUCCUGAAUUAUGCACAGGUUAACUAA